AUGAAUUCCAAAUUCGGAGAAAUAGCAAUCGCAUCAACGCUUGAUUGGACUGAGACUCGAAUGCGACUGGCUGACUCGACUGAGGUCACAUCCCACAUCAGCACAAUGCCUGACGCGUGUAGGUUGGAGCUCUUUAGCAACAUCGGAUUCUUUAAGCAAUCUGUUUACGCUCUGGGCCUGAGAUGUCGACGUCAGAACCAUGUUGAGAUGGCGUCUCGCUCCACUCGGAUGCUGUGCACCCCUCAUAUUAAAAUAACCGGCUGCCUCCACCCGUCCUCCGCACUUCCCCUUCUGGGAACUCCAGUUUUGGACGCCAAUCCUGGGACUAACGGCGCUCUCAGCUCACCACGGUGUGAUGGCCAGGUUGAUCAAUUAAUAAACCCCUCGGUGCGCAGCCCAGGAGCCGCAGGGUCGGUCUCCAUGGUGACCACCGUCUACCUAGCUCUUAUUCUCGCUUGUUUUAUUUCACAUUCUGUCAUGACUCGUGGCAAUCAGCGCGAUCACGACCGUGAGCGUGCGCAAAAGAAGGCUGCCUCUCAGAAGAAACCCAAGGAGAGUGGGAGUUCCUUGCAAAAGAGACGAGAGGCCGAUGCCGAUGCCCUUCGACAAAAACAAUUGAAAAAGGCUGCUGAGAAAGCUGCUGGCGAUGGAGGAGGAGGAAAAUAA